AUGGACAACUCGACGCUACUCAUCCAUUGGCUCUUUAGCUGUCUGGCCCUCCUCAUCAUGGUGACCCGGCUGGUCUGGAAAAAGGUGCACAUCACCAAGCAAGACUACAACCUGGGCGACUGGUUCACCGUCGCCGCCAUCGUGUGUGCACUGACUCGGCUCGGUCUCAUCCACGUCGUCUUGACCUGGGGCACGAACAACGUCUCGGCGGCGUAUCGAAAGAAUCACACGUUUACCGAUGAGGAGAUCUACAGGCGGGAGAUCGGCAGCAAACUGUCCAUCGCGAACCGGGUCUUUUACAACUCCUACCUCUGGCUACAGAAGCUCGUCCUAUUGGAUGUCUAUCGUCGACUCCUAAUGAAUCUUCGUUUCGAGAAGGUCACCAUCUGGUCGUUUUGCGUCGUCUUCUUUGGUACCUACGUCGCUUGCCAGGUGACAACCUUUAGCGAAUGCGAUCCCUUCCACCUCUACUGGCAGGUUGUCCCUAGCCCAGGCGCAUGCGCAGAGGCACAGAUGCAGCUCGUCGUCGUGGGCGUGCUCAACAUCGUCACCGACUUUAUGCUGCUUGUUCUGCCACUUCCCCUGGUCUUCUCGUUAAAGACCCCUUGGCAACGCAAGAUCCAGCUAUACGCCCUCUUUACGCUCGGCGUCUUCAUCAUCGCCAUCACCGUCAUACGACUCCCAAUCAACAUUACAAACAAGGACAGCCAAAUCAACCGAACGACUUGGGCCAGCACUGAAUUGCUCACUGCCGCAAUCGUCGUCAACGCACCGACACUGUAUGGACUGUGGAACAAGAGGAGGCAAGCAAAGUCAUCGUCAAAGUCUCAGGGCGGAACGUCGGGGCUUCACUACUACGGACGAGGCACCAACGUGUCUACGCAUCGGUCCACAGUUCGGCGCGGAAAUGCGGAGGAGGAGGCUUAUGCCAUGAGCACACGACGCAAGCUGGGGCCGAUGGAUGGAAUCAUGCAAACAAAAGAAGUGAUUGUGUCGGAAUUCAGGCAAGAUACAGAUCGCAAGGCCGGGCCGUACGAGCAUCUCCCUGACGAUGUGGAGAAUGCAUCAAAUCACUCGAGUCAGCAUGGGAUAUUGAAAUAG